AUGCCGAGAAAGGGAAAGAGGUCCCAGGCCCAGGCGGAGCGCUGGAGAAAGGAGAAGGUCGAUGAGCCAGACCCCCCCCAGAGCUCCCUCUAUCCAGUGAACAACUCGGCUGGUUUCACACUCCCAGCCAAACGGCCCUGGUCAGAGGAUGAAGCGCGUGCCGACUUUUGUGCACGCCAUGGCUCCGGGCGACGCCACAGAGUGCUCCAUUGGUCAAUUUCCCCCUUCACAGGGCGGCCAAACAAAUUGAUCAUGCCGCCUGAGUCCCCGGACAAGAAGCUUGUUCUGAUUGUCGGGGACUCCCAUCUACGCGCCAUUGUAGAUGGUUUUGUCCAGAUGCCAAAGACUCAAGACCUGUCCUUUGGCAUCAUGUCGACUCCGGGGGCCAGUGCGUCUCAGCUCCGUACCGAGGUCCUAAACGCCGUAGUUCCUCGUACUCCUGAGGCCGUAUGUCUACUGGCUCCCAGCAACGACCUGACUCGCAACACCAUUGCUAACGCUGCCAACGACUUUGCCAAACUCCUCCAAUCCAUUGGCAACCGCUGGCCUAAGGUUUUUGUUGUCGACUUUCCACCCCGCCUGACUUGUGACCCUCACUACCAGGAUCACCUGCGUCAGGAAUAUCGACGUGUGGCUGCUCGUAUGGGUGUGAAGUACUUCUUCUCCGCUACGGAGCAUUUCCCCCUGAGCAAUCUGGCGCUUUGGAGCUAUGAUGGUGUCCACCUGAGUGAUCGUUUCGGGAUGGCUAUCCUCGCUGAGUUGCUCUCAUCUGCUGCUACAGAGCAACUUAGGACACCACCACCACCACCACCACCACCAGUCUUGCGAGUCUCUCCCAGGCCAUCACCUCCACUUAGGAAGGUCCUUCCUAAAGCGGUUGUGAGGGAGAGUUCUCCUGCUCCAGCUUCCCCUCGUCCUGAAUCAACUACCCCUGAUCCGUCUCGGUGGACGGUAGUUGGUCAGGAAAGCAAGUGGAGGACAGCUCAACCACAGGAGGAGGAGUGCUUUUUCCCACUGAACCCCGUCUUCUUCAGCAGCACCGCCCUACGUGCUAUGGAGAAAGUCUCUCCUUCUCACCUGUCUUGCCUGGCGGACUUCAAGCCUUCGCCUAAGCCCAAGAAGGUUGCGUCCUCGUCCCAAGCCAAGGGAAAGUAUCGUCGCUGCUUCCGUUCUCCAGUGAACAAGAAGGUUGGAACAUCCCCAUCCGGAUUGUUCUGGAGUUCGGACGAGGACGAGCCUUUAGGCCUAACCUCCCCUGCUGUGACGGUGAGCCACCCAAGGGAACCUCGCAGAUCCACAGGUUCUCCUCAACCUGGGAUGGUUCAACCGCAGGACAGAUUGUAA